GAUCAACAGCUGCUGUCGUAUCAGAUCACACACAGUCAGCAACAGACCUGGACAAGAACGCAGGACUGGUAUGAUGGAGUCAGUGAGAAGAAUGAGGAGAAAUAGCAGGUCUCUGCAUCAGGACCAGUUUCAUCAGGGCGUCCGUGGAGGAGACAGAGACACUCCAAUUGUGGCUCAGGCGGGUAGAGACACUAAAAUGAUCCACUCGAUUGCUAGUCUGAUCAGAGCAAAGAGCAAACUCCUCCUCCUCGAGAGUCCUGACACUGUGGAGAUCUACAAGCUCGAGCAGCCAAAAGCUCGUUCUCAUGGAGGAGCUAAAACCCAAACUCACCUCCCAGCCAUCACAACUAAAGCUGCAAGUCUCAGUUCAAUCAGGGAGGCUCUGAGUCAGUCCUGCCCGUACCUCUACAACAAACGCAGAGGUUCAUUCUCUUCGGUUGGCUCUCAGAGAACUGAAGAUAAUACUAAGAAACAGCAGAGUUACCUGAAAACCCAAAGAGAGGCCAAGAAAUCCAACGUCACCGUAACAAUGACCUACCUAGGGAAUGGUCAUGUGGGGUCAAGGUUUGGGUCAACUAAAGAUGAACUGAAGGUACUCCAGCAAGUCAACGGAGGGGAGAAUGUCUGUGUCUUCAAGGGAUUAGUGACUCCAGGAGAACAGUUCCAGUUUGUAUCUCAGAGACACAGAGGAUUCCCCUUCAGUGCUACCUUGUAUGUGAAUGACAUCAUGGUGGCCAGAAUCAGUUCCUGCUGUGAGUACCGGUACUCCCCUGGCUUCCAGCAGGGCAGGAAGAGUUGCUUCAGACUGACUUGGCUGUCCGGAGGUGUACCAUGUUACAGAUGUACAAAUCUUCGAAACAAAUACAGUUCCUGCCAGCAGCUCAACAACCGCGCAAUGGAGAACUUACAACAGAGCCCUGGCAACGGCACUGUAGAGUCGUGUCCGUCCUCCCCAUUGUUUAUCCCAGCCAAAUCCGAGAACAAAUCAGUGAGGAGGACAAGAAAGUACAUCAAAGAAGGUAGUGGUGCAUCCACGGACAGUGAAGACACCAGUGUAGCCGGGAUUAAAGACAUCUCCAAGCCCAAACGGCUCAAAGGUCAAUCUAAUCACAAACAGAGCAAGGGUAAGACAGCUGGAAAUAAAAGACGGGAGCAGAGGCGAGACAUUAAGAGCACGGACGUCUCGCAGAGGUUAACACUGACCGAUAAAUGUGAAGAACAAACAUCAUCUCCCAGACAGGUGCAGAAACAAUCCAAUAAUAUCACAGCACCACACACUCAACAGCAACAAUUCAACAUGACAAGCAAAGGUCUUGAUCCAUUGCAGGACAAGGACAAACUUUGCAAACAGAAUGAACAGAAACACAAGGAGUCUGCAUCAAAUGUGCAUCCCACAGAUGGGGAACAAAUAAAGGAUUUUUAUGAAGAAUGUGUGAAAAAGAACACUGUUUUUUUGGAGCAGAGCGCAAACAAGCACAACUUGUUCCAGGCAAACUUGCUCGAGAGGUGCCGGCUCCAGAAGAAACUCUCAUCGAGUCUCAAAGCUACAAGUUCAGAUGUUGAGCCAAGUGCAGAAAGUGACACAAUCCUGCAGCCCGAUGAAGAGUCAGAAGAAAAAGAUAUAGUCAGCCAGAGCCCGGGCAAAGAAGAGCCUCUUGACGAACAAGACCUGCAGGCACAGCUUGACGCCAUGAUGAUGGUUCUGAGGACUUCUGAUGAGGUGGAGCAGCUGGUUUUGAGAAACACAGGCCUGACCGACGACCUUUUGCUUAACCUGGCAGGAGCCUUGAAGAGCAGCAUGUCCGAAGUUAUACUUCUCAACCUCAACCUCAACCUCAUUGGUCCAUACGGUGCUCACAUUCUGCUGGACCUAUUGAGGGUAAAGCCUCAAAUCAAAGGCUUACACUUGUUUGGAAACAAACUGCGUGACCACGGAGUGCUGACCCUUUUGAAAGGAAUAGCUGAGCUGCAGGAGCAAACAAGAAGUGUGCCUGCCAUCCAACAGCCAGUGAUUUUCCCAUCAAAGCAGAACCUGCAAACAGCUGACCUCCCAGCUGCAUGGAGGUCUUUCCAUGGUUUUACAAUUUUGGAACUAGAUAUUGGAGGAAACGGUCUGAGUAGUGAUGGAAUAAAAGUGUUAGCAGCAUAUUUGAGGCACCACUCUUUCCUGCAGUACUUAGGAUUGGCGCAGACUUGCGGCGCUGAUCUGGCAGCGUGGAAGGAAUUUUUCGACAGCCUCAAAGGAAACAUCUCACUAACUCAGAUAAUUCUAGAUGAGAACAAUUUGGGAGACCCAGGAGUGAGGCUGCUGGCGGACAUGUUGAAAGUGAACGCAAGUCUGAGGCAGGUGGAUCUGGACAGGAACAGCAUCAGUGACGUGGGAGGAAACGACAUCAUGGCGGCGUUGCUAUGCAGGACGGAGUUACCACUGAUGCAUUUGAGCCUCCAGGAGAACAACAUCAGUGCAGGACUCAUGAAUAGGAUACAAGAGGAGGUGAAAUAUAAAUGAAGCAAAUCAUCCAGGAAGAAUCAGAUCAGAUCUGACUGAAGAGUGUAUGAUUCCGAUUACACACUAAUGUGGAGUAAAUAUUUUUUACAGUGACUGCAGUGCUAUUAAUACCACCAACCCCUGUUGGUAGAUGAAUGUAACGUGUAUGUGUUGAUGUGGGAGGAAACACAGAUACAGAGAACAUCAUGCAAACGCAACACACAAACAGAUGCCAGGCUUUGGUGGAACCAAACCCAUAACCUCCUCACUGGGUGGCAAAAGUUAAAGAAUGAAUUAGAACUCAAAGCUAAAUAUAUCUAAAAUGAAUGGAAACUAAAAUGGACAUGUAUCUAAAUGUCA